AAUCCAAAGAAACGAAAAGGAAAAGAGGAAAAAGCUAAGACCAAGUGGACAUGUCCCUUAUUGUCUCUCCUAACUUCCAUCGUCUUCAAUCUGCUUUUUUCUCCUUCUACAAUUUCCACUCACCACUCUCUCUCAGUAUCAAUGGCGAGCUCAGCGGUAAUUGGAUGGAGGAUUCUCUUCCUUCUAUUAGGCUGCACAAUGGCUACAGCUCUAGUUUACACAGUCGCCACUGAUGGCUCUCCUUUUCGCGAACAAAUUCUCUCACGGGUAAUGGUGGCAACCGUAAUUGACAUUUAUAUCAGCAUCGUAGCUAUUGCAACAUGGAUUUCCUACAAGGAAGCAAACUGGAUUACUUCAACAAUUUGGAUAGUUUUUCUGGUGUGUUUCAGCGGCAUUACUACAUGUGCCUACAUUCUUUGGCAGUUGUGGCAACUAUCAUCUCAGGAAUCCUUUGAAGAUAUCAUGUACCAUGUUCUGAUCAGGAAUCCAAACAAGAUUGGCAUGGAUCAGCAGCACAGUAAGCAGUCCAAUGUUAUGAUUGCAAAAAUAGUUUUCAUUGUUUUGAGUUGUUUGAUGGCGGUAAAUUUGGUCUAUCUUUUUAGUGCGGGUUCACCUUUCCGCAUCGAGUUUUUUACACCACACUGGAUGGUGACAACACUGAUUGAUUUCUGUAUAGAUGCCACAGUUUUGUCAAUCUGGAUGUUCUAUAAAGAAGAAUCAUGGCUUACUGCAAUCUUUUGGAUAGUUCUAUUGCUGAGUUUUGGGAGUAUAUCUACAUGUCCCUUCAUUGUUAAGGAACUAUUCAAGCUCAAUUCCGGAGAUCCUCCACACCUUAUUUUAUUGAAAGCAUCCCACAGGUUAAAAGAAGGUUAUGUACAAAUUAUUCAAUAAGGUUGCUACAAUUUGACGGUUUCUUAAAAACUGCAAAAUUUAUAUCUAAUCAUACGAUCGUUGUUGAUAAACUACCACAUUCUCAAAUGAUGUCUCCAUCCAAAUGAAAGGAUAGAGAAAUUGGAGUGUUCUAAUUCGUUUUGGUUCUUGUCUUGUUUUCAUCGUAUUGGAAAAUUUAGCAUAUGAUGUAACUUUAAUGUCCAAAAGACAUAUUAUUACUUUAUCCUUCCAAAUCUCAUUUCAUCUC